UGCUGGAAAAGGAAGCGGCGGCCAUCUCAGAACGGCGGAGGCGGCCUGAGGCUCGCCAUUCGCUGAGACAUCCGCGGGCGGGAGGCCGUGGUCUAGACCCCCGACGCGCGCCUCGCCAACGGUCCACCGCUCGUGCCGCUUUCACGGAGAGGUCGAGGAGCAGGGGUCGGCGUGGAUUGGUUCGUGACGCCUCGGCCCGCCCUUCCCUGGCGCCCAUUGGCUGACGCGGCACCCGCUGACGGCGAGGACGCUCCGCCUUCGUGCCGGCCUUCAAGAGGGCGACGAGGAAGCGGCCACCUCCCUGUGCCCCGCCCCUCCGGCUAGCUCUGUGGCUUCUGCGGCUCCUCCCGGCUGCUCCCGGCUCCUCUCUGCCCUCUCCCGGCUUUCUGCGGCUCCAGCUUGGGCUCGGCGGCGGCGGGCAGUCGCAGUGGUAAAGAAUGGCGGACCUCAGCCUUGUGGAUGCAUUGACAGAGCCACCUCCAGAAAUUGAGGGAGAGAUAAAGCGAGACUUCAUGGCUGCGCUGGAGGCAGAGCCCUAUGAUGACAUUGUGGGAGAAACUGUGGAGAAGACUGAGUUUAUUCCUCUCCUGGAUGGUGAUGAGAAGUCUGGGAACUCAGAGUCCAAAAGGAAACCAUGCGUAGACACUAGCCAGGUUGAAGAUAUCCCAUCUUCUAAACCAACACUUCUAGCUAAUGGUGAUCACGGAGUGGAGGGGAAUAACACUACAGACUAGAGUUGUCUCUCAACACUGGGGCUGCUGCAACACCAGACCAGUGAUCUUUCCUAAGCACCGUUACACUCCUAAAACCUUCAGCAUUUUGCAGCUUUGCUUUUCCUUCCUGGACACCAUGUAGAAGAAGCUGAGGGUAGUUCUUCGGGGCCUAUUUCUGCUGAUGCCUGAGCAAGCAACCUGCCUCUUGUGUUCCGCAGGGCUUGAUGGAGCCUCCUUUCCCUUUGUGAGCACAAUGUGCAAAGUGAAUUCUUUUACUUUUAGUAUUUUUAUAAAGGUCAUCAAAUGUCAUUUCUUUUCAUUGUUCUCUUUUAGAUUCAUUUUAUCAUUUUUACAUUUUUUUGUUGGCCUUGUCCUUUUUUUGCAUACUCAAUGUGAAUCAGCAUACUGUAAAAACUAAAUGAGAAUAUGUGCUUUCAUAAAGGGUUGAGGCCACCGAGCUGCAGUGAAUUCCCCUCUCCUGCCCCUCCCAUUUCCCUCUGUGAGCUUGCUUUUAACAAAGGUUAGGCUUUCAGGCCACCAGUGUCUCUCUCCACCUUUCUAAAAUCUGAAUUAAUGUUUUCGAGUUGAAAAAUUAUUUCUCUGAAUGAAAUUGCUACUUGUGCUGGGUGUUGUGGUGAGUAACUUUAGUCAGCAUUCAAAGGCUGACUGAUCUCUGGGUUCCAGCUGGCCAGGGCUGCACAGUGACACUCAAGUCUUUUUCUUUUCUUUUCUUUUUUUUUUCUCCAGUGUCUUUGCUGCUUGCAUGGUGGGCCAAAUUGUUUUCUUUUUUUUUUAAUCAUAAACUAUAUUACCCAUUUGUCUUAGAUUCUUCUGAAAAUUUGACAACACAAUUAUUGUGUAUUGAUUCUUUUUUUUUAAUAACCAGUUAUAUUUUGAACAUAAUCAUAAAAUAUCGUUGGGAAGUUAAACCUGAACACAGUUGUAAUGUUUUGACCCCUGCAGUAGUGCAGCAGGCAGUGACAGGAUGAAACACAAUGUCUCCUAAAUAACAGAAGCACUGCCAGCCUAGAGAGCUCCUAGAACAGCCAUUCUGAGGCCGCCUGCACACAAGCCCUGGACACAGACCUCUGACCCAUAGCCCACAUUUUUACUGUGUCACUCAGGUUGGCCUUGAAACAUUACUUUUACUAGCUGAACUAUAGUAGGUGUCACUAUGCCUGGCUUCUAGAGAAAUUGUCUGAUUACUCCCAAAGUAUGUUUAGGAUUAAAGGCUGUUUGAGCUCCAGAGUGCUUUUUUCUGCAACAUUCCAAUAGCAUUGUUGGAUCAUAUAUGAAAUCCUGUGUGUAAAGUCCUGUACCAUGAAAUGAAAAUUUAUGUUGUUUCAUUGGUACUUUUUGUUCAUUUUUCCAAAGAAAUAAGUAAAAUUAGAUAAAAUAUCAUAAAAGCCAGAACCAUUAGGAUAAGUAGUGGGGACCUUUGGUCAAGCUUUAUUUGGGUUUUUAGGAGUAGAGCAUAAAUCCCAGGCCGUAUUAGAGAUGGGAAUUCUGAUGUAAGAACCAGAGUGUGGCACAUGCUUUUUAUUUCUGUCCUUUUGGUUACAGAAGUUAUUUCAGCCCCCAAGGUACUGCUUAUUAGAGAUCAAAAGAAAUAGCUUACACUAUAUUUGAGGAAAGUUACAGAUCAUAUUGGCUUUGAUCUUCUGACAUAAAACUACUUUUGAAACCUGGGUGUAGUCACUUAUACCUGAGAUUUCAAGAUUCGGGUAAAAAAUAGUCAAGAAUUUUCAGAAGUAAGGAAGCCAGUCUGAGCUAUGCAGUGAGUUUAAGGCUGUGUGAAACCUUGUCUCAAAAACACACCACCACCACCGCCCACUCCCACCCAGUACUUUUCCAAGGUAAAAUCAGAAUGACUUGAAGAUUUAGGAAAGUUCUUGCAGUGCCAGCAAUUGAAAAAGCAUUGCCUUCCGGAAUGGCAUCAGAAGGCUGGAGUCUGUUCCCUCUGAAGGUCUAGACAGGGGCUGAGGCUUCAUCGCUUAUCCUCCAAAAUGUUCUCUUAUUGGGGGCAACGGAGUUGGCCAGGGAACUUUUUAAAAAUAACAGUACCAUUGCUACUAAAAUCCUGUCUGGUGUGUUUGUUGCUUUUUUUUUUUUUUUUAAAAAUCCAGUCUCUGUAGCUUUUGUGACAGAUAGGUACAGACAAUAAACACACAAACUUCAUGGUAGACAUUGAUUUAUUCCACGUUUGUUUCCAUUUGCCAUAUUUAUUUUGUUUAAAAUAUUUUAAUGUGUUUUAUGAGUUUCUAUAAAUGUUCUCAUUUUUCUAAUAGCCAGAUGAAAUUUAAUAUAGUUUGCUAUCUCCAACUGUUACAUUUGGAUAUUUUAUUUUGAUGGUAAUAAGAAAAUGUUUCAUAUAUAGCUACUUAGGAAGUAAUCUGUCCCUUGAAAAAUGAAAAAGUGCUGUUACUGUGACAGUCACAUACUAGACGGGGCCUCUCUACUUAAAUGUGAUUCUCAUUUUCUCCCUUUACCCCUGCCUCACCCAAUAAUGAAGAUAUAGAAGUCUAUUUAGUCAUAUCUAUUUAAUUUUACAAAUUUAUAGUUUCAUUUGUAUUUUUUGUGACUUUAGACUUUAAACAGUUUGUAUAUUGGGACAUCUUAUUGUGUCAUUGUGCUAAAUGAAUUAAACUAAUAAACAUACAUUAACACCAAAUUA